UGCUGUCCUGUAAUGUGUUAAAUUUGUGCUGGUAUUGGUGAGCAGCUUGGCUGGACUGGUAAUGUUAUGAUAUUUGCCUCGAGUGGAAACCAAGGAAAGCUGUGUGAUAAACUUAUUUGGAGCCAGCUUUCUGUAUCUCAGCAUGUGGCAGUUGAAAUGUGCGUUUUAUUAGUUUUCAUAUGUAUAUAAGUAACGCUUUACACACAGUUACUUCCUUAUCAAACAAAGUACAAAGCAGAAUUAAAAAAACGUAAAGAAACCAGCUUGACGGCCCGGUUUAACAACUCGGCGGAAACGUAAACUGAUACUGCAGAUUUCUUGUUGACAAGAAGAACUUACAGUGAGUGAUCACAGCAAGCAAUUCCUUAUAACAUGGGCGUGUUGCAACAUGCUUUAAUGUGAUGCAGAUCUUAUGAAAUGAGUUCAAGAAGCAACCUGAAGAUUUAUUUGCCUGCAUCAGCCUGGAGGAGGAGAGCAAGACGAGUUUCGUCUAUUGUGAAAAACAGAAGCUGUAAGAUCACGGCCACACUGCACCUCAUAACUUCACCGCACAGAUGUGAGAUUUUGAGCAGAGCCACCACGUCUUACAUAUGGACACUGGUUGAAAAACACCGCUUCGAGAGAAGGAAGUAAAGAUCUCCGACAGGACGUGAAAGCACCAGCAACGGACACCGCUCCUCAGCCAAUCAGAGUGGAGAUUGUUUUCAAGACGACCAAUCAGGGACUGCCACGUCUUACGGUGGCGAGCGACCGGAGCGGAACGCCCAAAUGCGUCUCAUUGAAGAAGAAGAGCGACGCUCCUAGGCUUCCAUCCCCUAAGACAGUCAGACAUGUCGACCACUGUGUGUAAGCUGUUUGUCGGAGGACUGAAUGUUGAGACCACGGUCGAUGGCCUCCGCGGCCACUUCGAGCAGUUCGGCACGCUCAGCGACUGCGUGGUGGUCAUGAAUACGCAGGUCGGCCGGUCUCGCUGCUUCGGCUUCAUCACCUACUCGACGCCGGAGGAGGCCGACACAGCAAUGGCGGCUAAGCCACAUGUUGUCGAUGGCAAAAACGUGGAGCUGAAAGAAGCCAUAGCCCGAGAGGACGCCGGUAAGCCGGACCUCCUCGCCAAUGUCAAGAAGAUCUUCGUCGGCGGCGUGAAGGACCACCUCGAGUCGGACCACCUGGUCGACUACUUCUCCACGUUCGGCGUGGUGGAGAAGGCCGAGAUCAUCUCUGACAAAACGACCGGCAGGAAGCGGGGCUUCGCCUUUGUCUACUUCGAGGAUAGCGACUCUGCCACCAAAGCGGUGAACACCAAGUACCACGACAUCGACGGGAACCAGGUGGAGGUGAAGAAGGCCAUGACCAAGCAGGAAAUGUCCACCGGCGGCGGCCGAGGAGGCCGGGGCCGAGGGAUGCAGAGCUUCGGUGGCGGAAGAGGAGGAGGCGGCUACGGGAGAGGCUACGGUGCCAGUUACGGUGGCGGCGGCGGUUACGGGUACGGGGAUGGUUACAACGGCGGCGGCGGAGGAGCCGCUUACGGAGGGGGCUACGGAGGCUAUGAAGAAUACGGCCAGGGUGGCGAUUACAACAACGGGGACUAUGGGGAAGGCUACGGACAGCAUCAGUCCAACUAUGGUGCAAUGAAGGCGGACAGCUAUUCCUACAGGAGCGCGGCUCCUUACAACCGGGGAGGGGGCGGCGGUGGCUACGGCCGAGGUGGCGGCUUCGGCGGAGGUUAUCAGUGACACCCUCCAUUUUGUGAGAUGUAUAUGGGGGGAAUUCUGAACUUGAAUCUACACACACGGACACAGUACACAAGCCCAGGUGGAGGGGAGUGGGUGCGAUGGUCCUCGUGGUUCAGGGCCCAUCACCCACCAUGCAUUAAUGAAUGAGAAUGUCCUCCUGGAUCCUGCCCCCCCGACCUCCUCUAUUUCCACACAUGGACUUUACUACUAAGAAUUGUGAAUUGUUAAAUUGUACUUUAUGUCUUUUUUUGGGUGGUGGGGUGGAUUGUUUUGAACUUUUUGUAAUCCAUGUCAGUCACGGCUUUUCCACUCAGAUGUGAGUUUGUUUGUCUUGCAGACAUGCUUUACUGUUGAUUCAUGAGCUCAGGGUUUUAGGUGAAGUUGGCGGAAGUGUCUGGCCACGUGGGACUCGACUGCUUGAAUUUCUUGAUCUUAAAAAAAACAACUCAACGUUUUUUUUUUCGCACUGUUCUGUUUGACUGUAGAUUGACUUUAUUCCACCUAUCCCGUCCAAUUAGACCUCCGGGCUUUUGUUUAAAUUAAAACUGUUUUUGAAAUCCAUGUGUUCAGUUCGCCCCAUAUGUUGUAUUCUGCUUUUAUUAAAGUUUUUAAUGUUUUGAAAAGCCAUCUAAUCUCGCAAGUUUUUAAUUGAUAUACCCACGAGGGACCUUUUCCAGGAAGUAGUACUUUGGGAUCUUGCGAUAUGAGCCGCCACCACCGGGGGGCGAUGUUGUCUGAGAAGUAGUGCAUCUCGUGUUCAUCGGCCAUUUUACACUGGAGGUAGAGGAAGCUGAUUGUGCUUCACCAAAAUUAGCACUGUAAUGCUGAUAAGUUCAGAUGCUGCCUUUUUUAAUACAAUAAACAUACAAACAACCUUU